AUGGACCCCAACUGCUCCUGCGCCACCGGUGGCUCCUGCACCUGCGCCGGCUCCUGCAAAUGCAAAGAGUGCAAAUGCACGUCCUGCAAGAAGAGCUGCUGCGCCUGCUGCCCCGCCGGCUGUGCCAAGUGCGCACAGGGCUGCGUCUGCAAAGGCGCCGCCGACAAGUGCAGCUGCUGCGCGUGA